GCCCCCUCCUCCUCCCUCUCCACCUCCACCCACGAUCUCCUCUCGCUCUCGCCAUCUCGCCGCCGGCCUCCUCCACCACCACCGACGACUCCGACUCCGACUCCGGCUCGAUCUCUCGCGGCGGCGGCGGCGAUGGCGGCGGGGAAGGGGAGCCACACGCACAGGGCGUUCCUGCUCUGCAACUACGCGCUCCUGGGGGCGGCGUCCAGCUGCAUCUUCCUCACGCUCUCCCUCCGCCUCCUCCCGUCCCCGUGCGGCCUCCUCCUCCUCUUCCUCCACGCCCUCACCGCCGUCUUCUCCGCCGCGGGCUGCUCGGGCUCCUUCACCGCGCCCGCCACCCCCGCGCAGUGGCACAACGCCCACACCGCGGGCGCCGCCCUCACCGCCAUCUUCCAGGGCGCCGUCGCGCUGCUCGCCUUCACCCGCACCUCCGACUUCCUCGCCGAGCUCCAGUCCUACGUCCGCGACGACGACGCCGCCGUCAUCCUCAAGAUGGUCGGCGGCCUCGGCACCGCCAUCUUCGUCCUCGAGUGGGCCGCGCUCGCCCUCGCCUUCUCCCUCCGCCUCGACGACGACGACGGCGCCGGCGACUACGACAACAAGAACUGGGCCGCCGCCUCCUACCAUGUCUGAAACUCUGAAGCCCUCAUCACCUCCUCCACUCCACUCCGCCAUUGGUGCGACCGAAGAGUCCAUUCUUCGUGUGUUGUUUAGAUUAUUAGUAGAAUUACUCUCAUGAUUCUUUUGUACUAGUGAUAUUUUCAUGUGUACUCGAAUUCUUUUGUACUAAGAUGCAAAGCAAAUAUAUAUUGCUUUAAAGCGUUUGCUAUGAUGCUA